UCAACCACUAUCCCUCACAUAGUACUCUACCCAAAACCAUCCCAUCCCACCACCAAAACCAAACCCAAAACCCAAAACCCAGAACCAGAAACCAAACCCAUACCCCAAAUCAACACGAAAAGAAAAUGCCCCCCCUCCCCACACAAACCCACGGCCCCACCACCGGCCACCCGAUCCUCAUCCUCCCAGGAUGGGAAAUGACUCCCGAAACAGAAAUGCACGACUUCGAGCCCAUCUUCACCACCCUCCCCAGUAUCCCCUCCAACACACCCCUCAGGCGGAUCUACAUCGCCCUCCCAGGAACGGCCUCCACGCCAGCAAGAAACAUCACCUCCCUCGACGACAUCUACCACCACCUGGUGCACUUCAUUGACAACACCCUCGGGGAUUCUCGCUUCAUGUUGGUCGGGUCCUCCUGCGGGGCGUAUCUUGCGCGUGCACUCGCUCAGAGAUUUAUCCACCAGAUAGAUGGGUUACUUCUACGGGUGCCGCUUGUUGAGCCGGAGGAUGCGAAGCGGGAUGUUGAUAGGGUUGAGCCGUUGGUUAGGGAUGAGAAACUCAUGGAUGGGCUGGAUGAGGAGGAUAGGACGCUUCUCGGGGGGAGGGUGAUGGUGCAGACGGAGGGGUAUGUGGGGGAGUUGGUGAGGAAGUAUCGGGAGGUGUAUGUUCCUGCGGAGGAGGGGGCUGAUAAGGGGGUUUUGGAUAAGAUAAGGGGUGAUGUGGGGAGGUAUCGGUUGAGUGAGGAGUUGUUGUCAGGUGGGGAGAAGUUGAUGGCCCCGACGCUGGUGGUUUGUGGGAGGCAGGAUGAAAUUGUAGGGUAUAGGGAUUGUUUGGGUCUGUUGGAGAAGUAUCCCAGGGCGACGUUUGCGGUGCUGGAUCGUGGGACGCAUGGGUUGCCGGUGGAUGAGAGUGAGAGGGGGGUGUUUGGGGCGUUGGUCAGGGAUUGGGUUUUUAGGGUGGGGGAGUGGAGGGAUAGUCAUUAUUGA